AUUUUUUCACACAAAUUCUCGAUCUUUCGAAGCCUCUCCAAAAUCUAAAAAUCAAUUGUUCCACCCAUAACGACACCGUUUUAAGCUUCAGUUAAUCGCUUCUUCUACGUUCUUAACUCUCAAGUCUCAACUUCAGACAUUUUCCUUUCUUCUUGCCUUUUCUCUCUCUUCAAUUCAAUUUCUCUACUUCCUCUCUCUACAUUUUGUAUCUCGAACCUUCUAAAAUGUCGCUAACUAGGGUUUUAACAAGAGCUUCAAGGACAGCACUUGUUCAAUCUCGGAAUUACUUAUUCUCUACUCCUUCACCUAUUCAACAACACAUAUGUCCUUUGUCAAUUCUAUGUAAUUUUUUCCAUUCUUUCUCCGACGGUUUUAGCAAGGCAUCUCCUUUGCAUGAUGGACUGCGUAGCUCUAUUACUUUCCCACAUUGUGGAAUGUCUACAUCUGCAACUUUUGAAAAUGAGCAAAGAACACAUGAAGAGAAAAAGGAGGAUAACAGUGAUGCUGAUGCUGCAAAGCGAGCAGAUGAAGGGUCUACUGAAGAUACUGAAGCUGUUGAGAAAAGUCAGGAAACAGGUUCUAAUUCAGAAUCACAAACUCAAACCCUCAAAAGACGGAGACAAGGCACUAAAAGAAUUGCCUUUUCUGAUUCAGAUUCCGAAGGAGACUUGGAUGACCUUUCCAGAGAAGAUUUGGUGAAACUUGUGCUGGAAAAGGAGGAAGCCCUUGAGAAAAAGCAGGAAGAGUUUAAGGAAUUUAAAAACAAUUUUCUUCGGAGCUAUGCUGAGAUGGAGAAUCUCAUGGAACGAACACGUCGUGAGGCGGAGAAUUCAAAGAAAUUUGCCGUACAGAGUUUUGCAAAGAGCUUUCUGGAUGUUGCAGAUAACCUAGGCAGAGCGUCAUCUGUAACUAAAGAGAGUUUCAACAAAAUAGAUAUAUCAGAAGAUACUGUUGGUGCAGUGCCCCUUUUAAAAUCACUGCUGGAAGGUGUAGAAAUGACUGAAAAGCAGCUCGCAGAGGUUCUCAGAAAAGCUGGAAUUGAAAAGUAUGAUCCUACCAAUGAACAAUUUGACCCCAACAGGCACAAUGCAGUAUUUCAAGUACCUGACAACUCUAAACCUCCUGGUACUGUUGCUGUUGUUCUAAAGGCAGGAUACACGCUCCAUGACAGGAUCAUCAGGCCAGCUGAAGUCGGUGUCACAGUAGCUGUAGAAAAUACCGAGGCCAAUUCUUGAAGCUGAAAAGACCUCAAUGAAACGCCUGCUUAUACUUGAGAACUUUGUUGAUGUUUGCGAUGGUUAAUAUUAAUAUAUUUAUCUGAAAAUAGGUUUAGCUGGUGCAAUUUUGUUCCUUCCUUCAUUGUUUUACUGCAUAAAUGGGCCUCAAUUAACUUUGCUCUAUUUUGGGUUUAUAAAAAAGUGAAAUUUAAUAGACUUGUUAUGGGUGAAA